AUGAACGUUCUGCCCGGAGACCCGCUGGUGGCCAUGUUCGGCUUUGAGGGUUUUGCCAAGCUGAGCCCGCACGACCGCCAGAGGAUCAUGGAGCAGCUCGGCUUCGCUGACCCGCUGUGGAAGCAGUACGCCCACUGGAUGCAGGACAUCUUUAUGGGGAACCUGGGCGAGUCGUUCUUCAAGGGCGAGCCCGUGAUGCAGAAGAUCACCCGACACGGGCCUCUGACUGCGGAGAUUGCCAUACUCUCGGUCAUCAUUUCCUGGGCGGUCGGGCUUCCGGUGGGCGCGAUCGGAGCAAUGAAGCGAAAAAACGAAAAACAAAAAAAAAAAAAAAAACAAGAAAAACGAAACAAAAAAAAAAAAAAAAAAGCGCAACACAAGCGGCUGGACUAUGCCGGGCGGCUCUUCACCACGCUGUUCCUUGCGGUGCCCAGCUUCUGGCUCGGAUUGCUGGUCGUGCUGGCCUUGCUGUUGUUGUUCGACUGGAAAGCGCCUAUCCAGGUGGUCCACAUCUGGGAUAACCCCAGGGAGAACCUGGAAAUCGUCUGGGGGGACCGGCCAUAG